GGGUGUGACAGCAGACACAUCGGAGCCCUGGCCUGAGAAUUAUGAAGGAAGAGAGCGGAGAGGGAGAGCAGCUUCCAACUCUCCUCUUCUUCCUCCAAAAUCGACUCGAUCCUCGGUGCAACAUCAAGCACAACCAGGCAGACUUAGCGACGGCCGUUUCCAUCGUCACACACCCUGAGAACGGCAGGAGACGCCACUUCCCCGCCGCUUCGCCGCCACUUCGCUGCCGCUAUGCAGUGAUUUGUGCCUCCGGGUGCGGACCGCGUAGCUCCUCCGGCUCCGCAGCCCCUGCGAUGACACGAUGUCCCGGCGAAGCCCGCCACGCGCCGCCGGCCGCCGCUGGAUGUUCGCCGCUGCUCUCGUGCUGCUGCUGCUGCUGCUCCAAGCUAACGAAGUGAAGUCCCACAGCUGUCAUGAGGUGAAAACGGCCUUCCAGCUGCGCCAGAUCGGCCCUUUGACGCUGGUCCCAGAAACACCUGGAGCAGAUGUGGACUUGCGGAUCUGCAAACACCUGGGACCUACAUGUUGCACUCGCAAGAUGGAGGAGAGCUACCAGGCAGCAGUACGUCGUGACACCCUGCAGAAAAUUCGCUCCUACAGCUUCGAACUCAAGUAUCUCAUCAUGAGUCAUGCCUCCACUCUCCAGGAUGCUUUGCAGUCCGUGAUGUCCUUCUCCAUGGGCCUUGUCAUCUCCCUGUUUGACGGCCCAUAUGAGGUCCUGGGCGCUGAUACCCACACCUAUGUCUCCGAGCUGUUCGCCAGUCUGUCGCUCUAUGUCCUGGGCGGCAACAGUUCAGUCGACUCUGCUGUGUACCAGUUCUACGACCAUCUCUUUCCACUAGUGUAUCAUCGGCUUCUGAACCCUGGUCUGGCAGCCUUGUCUGUGGAGCAAGAGUGUCUGCACAUGAUCUGGCACACGAUCAAGCCAUUUGGCCUUUCCCCAGCAGUGCUGGUAGAGGGUCUUGCCCAGUCCUUGCAGGUGGCCCGGGUGCUUAGACAGGCACUAGUCACGGGGACAGAGACUCUAAAUGCCUCGGAGAGUAUAGCACUAUCAAGGGACUGUGUCCGGGCACUAGUGCGCAUGCAGUACUGCCCGCACUGCCGUGGCCUCACACUCAUCCGCCCCUGUGGGGGUUACUGCCUCAAUGUAAUGCGUGGCUGUCUGGCCGGCUUCGCUGAGCUGGAUGAACCCUGGAGGCGCUACCUGGCUAUCCUGGAAGACCUGAGCAGUGCCAUGACCGGUGCACAUAACCUGGAGCUCUUGCUACUGGACAUCCAUACCCACAUCAAUAAUGCCCUCCUCCAUGCCCAGCUCCUCGCACCCAGCAUCUUGGCAACUGUGGACAAGAUGUGUGGACAGCCAACAGAGGGAUUCCACAGCAAGCAGCCCCCUGGACACACAGUGGCGCCUGCAGUGAGCUCAGAGAGCUCACCUGCCCUGCUGAUUAGUACCCCAUCUGGUACUGCCUCCAGGACCCCAUUCAGCACCUCAUCCACCCCCACGUUAAAGCCUACUGUGGACUCCCUGCCUGGCCCAAUUUCCCAAAUGAGUCCUGUCUCUCUUUCCUCGCCACCCAUCUCCCAGCGACUGGCCAUCCCCAGUGCUCUACCUCUGAAACCUUCCAAGGGGGAUAAACCUAGAAAUAUGAAAAAGAUAUCUAGGGAUUUCAUUCGUUACCUGCUACAAUACAAGUCUUUCUUCACUGCCCUGCCAGAGCUCAUAUGUGAAGGGGAGAUGGCCGUUGAUGACUUGACCUGCUGGGGUGGUGACAAUGUGGUUGAGAGUUACGCAGGGCCUGUGGUCAACAAUGGUCUGCAGGCUCAGAGGUUGAACCCUGAGGUAAAGGUCCAUCACAUCGACUCUCUCCUGGCUGAAGAAAAGGCAAAGCUUGAGAAAUUCAUUCAGGAAGUGCAGGAGGCCAUACCUGGGUUAGGCACUAGGUGGAUCUGGCCAGAAUCGGGCAGCGGGGUUCCAGAAGGCAGCUCUGACUGUGAUGAUGAGGAUGGCUGUCAGGGCUCCGGAGAGGAAACUGCCAAGAUCUCUCAAGACGUGAAGCCUGACACCUCAUCAGAGGGGAACGAAGAAGGGAAGAAGGCAGCAGCAAACCCAUCUCAACAUACUGCCACCAUCCGCCCAUGGAAGGAGCGCCCUAAGGGGGACGGCUGCACCUUCACCACCAGCUCAGCGCUACUCUCCAUCGCCCUCUUCCUGCUAGUGCUACAGAUGCAAUGGAACCUGUUAUGAGCCAGGACCAGGGAGAUCUUAUUUCCUGUACCCCCAGGGCAUACAACACUGCCAGGAAGUAGGAAGAGGAUUGCAGGGAAGGUGAGGGGGGGAUCGGUUGUUUUAGAGGGCAGACAGUAGGUUGUUCGCAGAAACAGGUUAGGAAGUCCCUGCUUCUUCUGCAUCGGCUUGGAUAUUGAGCCUUCUUCAAGUAGAUUGAAGGUCUUGUUGCAUUUGUUCUUAAGCUGCUGUACUAUAAAUCCUUAUUCUAUAGGGCUUUUAGGUACACAGGCAUGUACACACACACUACUGCACACACUACUGCUGUUAGGCAGAUAUAUAGCAAAGUUCUCUGCUGCAGUUCCCAGGAACAAGCAGUCACAGCAUAUUCAGCUCAAGGGGGUGUACUGGUCUUUCUAAUAUCUGGUAAUCAUGAAAAAAGUACACAUCCACAACCCCCUGCUCAAUUAUUCCUUUUCCCAUUAGAUGUUUACUGUUACUGCUUUGCCAGAAAGUGUAUCUGAAGUUUAGCAUACUAGAGUAGCAAAAAGGAGGGACAUCCCUCUUCUCUCCUGCAUCACUGUCAAAGAAUAAGCGCACAGUUUACCUUUGAACACUUUCUACCGGAGCUGAAAUCUUCUCUGGUCGAUCUUUUAUUUGUUCUAUAUAGUGCACGCCAAUGGAUUUAUCUAAGUUGCUGCUGAGUGUUGCAUUUUACAUGCAGUGGCUCACAGGGAGAGGACUGGUUGUGGUAAUGCCCGGUUCACAGCACAGUUCCAUGUAGUCAGUAGAUGUAUCCGGGUAUCAGUCACCACACCAACAGAAUGUUCAAUCAACCGUAACAGAUUUCAUUUCAUAAAUCACCUUUAGCAACAGCAGAGCCACCAAGUAAUAAAGCUCUCUAUCUUCAUGAAUAUAGUUACCCUCAGUUUGCUGGUAGAGUACAUGUUGGGCAUUGCAAUUUUUACAGGAGAAUGGAGGCAUUGUUACUUGAUGUUGCACUCUACUUGUAUUGCUAAUGCUUUAUUUCUCAGACAGCUUCACUUUGCUUUUACUGUAUUAUGGCAUGGCAGUACUAUAGGCUGUUUUUUGGAACCCGGCCUAACUUAAUCAUGUAGUAAUGAUUGUAACACAGCUGUCUACAUGUUUGUGGGCCAUCACAAGAUCCCACUUACACUUACACAUUGCCUUAGACUUUCAGAAGACUAUCUCUGCUAUUGUUUACUAAAACCACAAACCACUUCUUAGCAGGAAAAAAAAUUAAACUAACUUUUUACCAGACAAUACGUGUGGUUGGCAUCAAGAUAGGACAUAUCCUUUUUUACUAGAACAUGCUUGCUUUUGUGUUUUAUUAUUGUGUGUGCAUUUGUGUGUCUGUGUCUGUCAUUGUUUCUUAUCAGCACUCUGAAACGCUGUGGUAGAGGAAUCUAAACGUUCAAAUCUAAAUGUUCUAAAUGUUGUAAAUGCUGAGGCCAAUGCUUUGAAAAGAGGUCACACUAUGUUCAGAAGCGUGCAUGGGGAUCUAGGGAGAUUCACACUGCAGAAAGGCAUCGGCUUCUUCUCCAGGCUCUGAAACAAACGACAUCCCUGCAAUGCUAACACAUACAGUAUUAAACACCGUUUAAGUUCCUUACUUAAGUUAAUUCCCUACUUUUUUCUUUUCUUGUUUGAACAUGAAAUUUCAGUGGUGUGAAUAACUCUCUUUAAGGUUAUAUACAGAAAUGCUGCAUAAAAAACAAUCUGUCUUGUUUUCACCAUGUUAUAAUAAAAUGUGUCCUCUCCCAGAUGGUGAUGUUCCUUUUAGGGCAACUGCACAUGAUACAUGCCCGUCACAAGAUUGCAAUCCAUACAGGAAGCAGAGACUAAGCUCUUCAUUCUGAAUAAUUCACAGAGUGACUACAAAGUCUGUAGAAGCUGUCAUGGCUCUUUCUUCAAGCAGUUCCAUAAACAUAUUCUUUUUUCUCCACAUGUAUUAAAACUUUGAUGAAUGUCAGAACAAUAUAUAACAAGCUAACAUCAGACUGUGAGAUGUGUUUAGACCUGUUUCAUUUACUCAUCAACAUCUAAAAAAGGAGGAUCCUGAUUGCAGGAAGGCCAUGAGAACUGAGCCCCAAUUCAAGUGGUAUGAGGAUUACCUGGCCAGCCAUGAAGGAAAGUUAAACAUAGGACCCAGCCAUGGCUAAAGAAGGCCAUGGUUUAGCUCUGACUUAUAAGUGAUUAGGGGGAUAUAACUUGGAGGUUCAGUCAUGUGCUGUGCAGAAGCCACUAAAGUUGGGCAAGGGGUGAUAAAAGAACAAUUCCCAGAAUUAAAUCGAGUGAUAAGUUUCAAAGCUUUUUUUGCCAAGAAUGACUCCAAGAAAUUGAGAGUUUAGAGGAAAUUCCAUGCACACACAUGCCAACUGUAUGUUAGAGUCACUCCUACAGAUUUAUUGAUGUGUUUCACAAACAUGUUUUGAAUGUAACAUAAGCUGAAUUGGUCCCUCUGUUUGCCUGUGAUGCAACAUGACACAUAAGAAGGGAAUCUGCCUGACAGUAUUUACCUAAA